AUGUUUAUUAAAUCUAGAACUUUAUAUCAAGUUAUAUGUUCAUACAGGUAUCAUUAUUAUGGUAUUGGUAUCAAAGAAUCUUCAAUUCAUGACCAAUCUGUGUAUACAGGAAAAGGUUUGUCAAGUUACAAUCCUUUUCAGGGUUCACAAAAGAAGUACUCACUUUGUUCUCAUACUGGAACUCUACUACCAGACUUUCCUGAUAUUGAUAAUUUCAUUCUACUUCCAUCAAUCGACAGGGAUAAGAUCAGUACGUUCUUCAUGAUGUACAGAACUCAUUGUCAAAGAAUAUUAGAUACUAUUAUAGGCAGCCAUUUUGAGGAGGUAGAAGGUCUUAUGCUUCAUUUUUGGCAAGGCAUGCCAAAACACCUUGAUGAAAUACUGAAUAAUACGAUUACCUCCGACGUCAUCAGCUGGUGUGAUUCCGCAUUGUACAAGGUAUUAGUAGAUGUGUUAAUCCCAUCAUCCAUUCAAGAUUUACCUCAAAGCUUAAAAAAUGAAAUAGAAGAAUUCAUAACAAAGUUGCCUUAUUGGAUCAAAAUAUCGGUUGAUGAAACUUCGCAAAAAAUACAAAAUGUCAAAAUAAACAUUUGUCAAAGAUUUGUUAAGAUAGUUAAAAGACAUUACUCUUUCAUUCACUUAUCCCAGACUGCCCGCGGUGUCUUGCUGAAUACAGAAAAUGUCAACACAGUAGUCAAAGACCUUGGUGAAGUGGAUCUCCCACAAAUCAUUUCCCAGCUUCAGUUCAUCUAUUGCCGUGACGACCUCAGAAUACUUACUAUCUCUGAAUCCUUUGAGACAUUUAAAGUGCUUUUACUUGAACAAGCCUCUAUCGAGUACCUUAUAGAAUGGUUAGAUGAAUUACUAGAUAAGAAUGUUUUUAAUGUAAUUACAGAAGAUGAAUUUGAUGACGCUGUUGCAGCCGAUUUCCUGUUAAACUGGUCGCUGAUUGGUGCAUUUAUUAUGAGAGAUCUGACAUUACAAAGUGCUUCUAGUUUUGGUAUAUAUAUUUUCACGUUCCGGUUACAGCAAACUGCAAUUGUUUCGCUGUACAAUCUGUUAGUUAAAUAUAUACAAAAAUAG